UUUCACUCAAGCUUAUUCCUCUGGUAUAAAAACCCUAACCCACAUUUGAGAAGCCCAAAUUUGCUACCCAAUUCAGAAUCUUGAUCUUAUUCUCAUCCGUUUAAGCUUAAUUUCUUCUACGCAAAAUCUUUUCGCAUUCCAUUUUUCUCGGUUUUUCAAGAAUCUAGGGUUUCUUUUCUGCCCCUGUAUUUUAUAAUUAUUUGAAAAUAAGUAGUUAAGAUUUUUGGGAAAAAUGGCUGAUGCCUUUGAAGCUGAAGGUGAAGCUGAAGCUGAGCCCACGAUUUCAAUCGGAGACUACCUCAAGGCUGUUGAAGAAGAGGACCUGGAAGCAGAUCUGGUAUUGGGAGGUGAUCAGGGCAAGGAGUGCACAUACAACAAAGGCUACAUGAAGAGGCAGGCAAUUUUCUCAUGUUUGACAUGCACACCAGAUGGGAAUGCUGGGGUUUGCACGGCCUGCUCCUUGUCUUGCCAUGAUGGGCAUGAGAUUGUGGAACUCUGGACCAAAAGAAAUUUUAGGUGUGACUGUGGAAAUUCAAAAUUUGGGGAAUUCUUCUGUAAGCUUUUGCCAAACAAAGAUGUGGAGAAUUUGGAGAAUAAAUACAAUCAUAAUUUCAAAGGGACUUACUGCACGUGUGAUCUCCCCUACCCUGAUCCAAAUGCUGAAGAACAAGUAGAGAUGAUUCAGUGCUGUAUCUGUGAGGAUUGGUUUCAUGAAGAACAUAUUGGUCUUCAGUCUCCUGAUGAGAUUCCAAGAGAUGAUGAAGGCGAGCCUCUAUAUGAAGAUUUUAUCUGUCAGGGCUGUGCCGUUGUUUGCUCUUUUUUGACUUACUAUCUCGAAACCAUUUCAGCAUCAGUUAGAAACAGCAAUGUGGCAAAUUCUGAUAAGGAGAAAACUGUUCUCGAAGACUCGGCUUCUCCUCUGAAGGGGAAGCUCGAGCAUGGAAAUUGUUCACUUGACACUCUUGUUACUAAUUCUGAUGCUGAAGGUAAUAUCAGUGGAUGCAGUGAAGUUGCUGGCUCAAGCAAUAAGUGUAUUCUAGAAAUAAACUUGGCUGAAACUCCUCAGACUAUCAACAAAAGCAAACCAAUGUUUCUUUCUAAAAACUGGAGAGAAGUCCUUUGCAGAUGUGAUGCAUGUUCUGACUUCUACACUCAGAAGGGAAUCAGCUUCUUGCUUGACAAAGAGGAUUCAAUUGCCGAGUAUGAGAAAGUGGCGAAGCUGAAGAGGGACGAGAAUUUGCAGAAACAAGAGGGUGACUUUCUCAAUAAACUAGGUCACGUUGAGAAGAUGGAGAUUCUAAGUGGAAUUGCUGACAUGAAGGACGAAAUUCGUUCCCUCCUGGAAUCAUCUGAUCCCUCAAAGCCUAUAACGACUGCAGAUAUCCAUCAGGUUUUUGAUAAUCUUGCCAAGAAGAGAAAGCGAAAUCCAUAAGUUAUGAAGUGAUAUAUAAUGGAAUUGCACUCUUAACUGUAUGAUUUUGUAGUAAUGGAGCUGUUUAAUUUCGGAAAAGAUUAGACGGCACAGUAGUUUACUGCUCUGUGUGCGUGAAGAUUGGGCAUGGAUCUAUAGAUUGGCUGCUUAUGUAAUUAUCAACCUUUAUAAUCUUCCUGUGAGCGCUCUCCGUUUCUAUGAACAUUCGUGUGUUUGGGUGUAUUCUUGUGUGCUUCUGAAGUGCCAUGUCUAAAACUUGGGUAA